AUGUGGUCUUCCGGAAUUAAUCGAGAUUCGAUUGCUUGUUCAUCGACCAUGAUAACUGGAUCAAAGUAUCCAGGAUUUGAUUUUUGGUCGGAAGGCGUUCUUUCUGAGCCAAACCGGCGCCCUCCCCCAUCCCGUCGUCUAGAACAGGGCCCAUUUCCUCGUUAAAGAGCUUUCUCCCGGUAACCAGUAUUUCGAUUACUGACAGCCAAAUGAUUGCAGCUGCCGUGCUCAGAAAUCUGAGGCAGAUUUGGAAGAACACGCCGCCGAACUGGGGAGAAUCGGACGACCCUUGCGGCGCGCCGUGGGACGGGAUCGCCUGCAAUAAUUCGAGGGUCGUCAAAUUGUGAGGCUCCGCUUUUGAUCCGCCGAUUCGAGGUCCCCCUCCGUAAUCCAACUUGUCUUAUGAACGUUCGCCUCUCUUUCAGGACGAUGGUGUCCGUGGGCCUCGAAGGAACGCUCAGCGACGACAUCGGCCAGCUCGCAGAUCUCCAGCUCUUGUAAGUUCGCGCUAUCCAUCGCACGCCGCCGUCGCCUCGCGGCGGGGAUCGCAUGAUUUUCUUCGAUCCAAAGCUAAUUUGAAGAAAACCGCAGGGAUCUCUCUUACAACAUCAAUCUAACCGGCCGAAUUCCUUCAUCCAUCGGGAACUUGCAGAAGCUUGAGACGCUGUAAGAACUCUUGUUGGACUUGCUUACUGGACCACCCUCCCGCGUCCCUGUCGACCCUUCUUCCUAAAACUUUCCCGUGGUGUAUGCCAGGAGCUUACCCGGAUGCAACUUCGGCGGGAGCAUUCCGACAGAAAUCGGCAACAUCCAAAAGCUCAAAUUCUUGUAAGAAUCGUUGUAGAGCAUCUGAGGUUUCACUACGAAAUCGGAAUACUAUUCUGCCAUGAUUGGAGACGAUCGCCUAAUCUCUCUCUCUCUCUCUCUCGCUCUGUUUGUCGUUCUUAGAGCUCUGAACUCCAACAACCUCACCGGAGGCAUACCCCCUAGCCUCGGGAGUCUUCCCCAUCUCGACUGGUUGGAUUUGGGGGACAACCACCUCACUGGACCAAUUCCCGUCUCCUCAGGCAGCACCCCCGGCUUGGAUCAGCUCCACCAGACGAGGCACUUGUGAGUCUCUCUGUCACAGAGGAAACAAUCAGUGGAAAUCUUAUUUCUUCAUGAAUGGAUAUUUUGGGGGCGUUGGGCUAACCAGAGUCCAUAUGCUCGCCAGCCAUUUCAACAAGAACCAGCUAUCGGGAAACAUCCCAGAGAGUCUCUUCAACUCAAACAUGACCUUGAUCCACAUGUAAGAAGCCGCCGCCGAUAUGCCCACCAGUGAUUUCCGACCAUGGAGGCUCCGCAUCUGAUGACGGCUAGUUUCCGGCUUUCUUGCAGACUCUUCGAUGGGAAUAACUUCACGGGGGGCAUCCCAGCAUCAAUAGGGCUGCUGCCAAGCCUCACGGUUCUGUAAGUUUCCCCUGUCAGAGCUCAGAUUCUCCAUGUCUUCGAAAAUUUCCAUCUCUACCGUAUAUUGUUGGAUUCGGGGGGCCGCAAAUUCUCAUCUGUUCUUUUUGCAACAGCCGUCUUGAUCGCAAUGCGCUGAGUGGAGCAGUCCCUUCCAACAUCCGAAAUCUGACGUUAGUCAGAGAGCUGUGAGUUCAUCCCUUCUUCGUUCUGUGACCUCCCCCCGGUGUGUUCUUCCCCUCUCUCCGCCCUUCAACUCGGUGUUUCCUUUGCAUCUGGUUCAGGAACUUGGCGAACAACGCGCUGACAGGGGAUAUUCCAGAUCUUACCGGAAUGACAACCCUGAACUAUGUGUAAGCGACCUUCCCGAUGAUCCGGCUAGUAAGCAGCGGCUCCGUAUUCCUCGCCGUUGACUGAUAGCUCUUUGAUGGAUUCCCCGCAGAGAUUUAAGCAACAACUUGUUCACCGCAUCCGUGGCUCCGUCUUGGUUCUCAAAUCUCCGGUCGCUCACCGUCUUGUAAGUUCUCAAAUCUCCGUCUGAUGCUCAUGCCGACGACGGUUUGGCCCAUUGGCAUUAUCUCUGACAUUGGCCUCGCCGCCGGGUGCGCAGGGUGAUGCAGUACGGGGGUCUCGUCGGCGGGGUGCCGACCGAGCUUUUCAGAUUCCCACGAUUACAGGAGCUGUAAGUGCUGCCAGCUACAGUCACAACGAGACCAGGGGAUACGGAGGGACACCCUCAUACGAAUCAUGAUUUAUUUGCAGAAUCCUGAGGAACAACAAAUUCAAUGGAACCGUCGACAUGGGCACCAGCGUCGGUUCGGAGCUCCAGCUUGUGGAUCUGCGGGGCAACGUCAUCACCGGCGUCCAAAACGAGCUGCAGCUUGCUGGUGGGGCCCUCAGGUGGGUGAACGUGGACUUGCCGGCCUUCUCUGGUCAUUUACUUUGAUCUCCAUCUUUAUGACGUCCUCUGAAACUUGCUUGAGUGCAGGUUAACCGGAAACCCAGUCUGCAACGCCCAGAUCGAGGACAAGGACUUCUGCAAAUCGGAGGUGGAGACGGCGAAAUACUCCACGGUUAGCAACUGCAACAACAACGCCUGCACCGAGGGGCAGGGGGUCAGACCCCGGACCUGCGACUGCGGCCACCCAUACGCCGGGACGCUGAUCUUCAGAGGUCCCUUGUUCCGAGAUUUGAGGAACAGCACGAGGUUCCAGUCACUUGAGAGGGAGCUACGGGACAAACUGAAUCUCGGAGAGGAUUCGGUCUCCCUCCAGGACCCCUUCUUCGACGUCGACGAGUAUCUGCAGGUCCAUCUAGAACUCUUCCCUUCGGAUGGAAAGUUCUUCAAUCGAACGGAGGUGCAGAGGCUUGGAUCCGCGCUGAGCACCCAAGAGUUCAAGCCCCACGAGGACGACUGGGGCCCCUACGUGUUCAAGGGUGAAGUCUACAGGUUCGACGGUGCGUAUUCUUCAUCUUUUCUCAUUCUUAGACCGAUGAUCUCAUCCUCUUCCGGGCAAUCAACUGAGGGAAGCAAACUGUUUCAGAUGGCAACCGCAAGAAAUUCUCCGGCGCAGUGGUUGCGGGCAUCGCCGCCGGCUGCGGCGCCCUCCUCAUUGGACUGAUAGCAGUUGGUAUCUACGCCGUGCGAGAGAGGAGAGUUGCCGAAAGAGCCAGGAGGAUAACGAAUCCCUUCGGUGCGCUUCGUAACGAUCACUGAUCUGGAGAUUUGCGCCAAUAUUCUAGGCCAAAUAUUUAUCUCCUAACUCCGUCUACUUCUGUUUCACAUUUCAGCACACUGGGCGACAGACGACGCAGAAGCCGGUAGCGCACCGCAGUUGAAUGGAGUGACCUUCUUCUCCUUCAACGAGGUGAAGAAUUGCACCGACAAUUUCUCAGAAGAUAAUGAGAUCGGCGCCGGAGGCUAUGGCCAGGUAACCCAUCGUCCGGCCCUUGGUGAGAGCUUUCAUUAUUAUCGAGUCCCUCCCCUUGACGGAUCGUCCCGCUCCGCUUAGGUUUACAAGGGGAAGCUCCCGAACGGGCAACUGGUUGCGAUCAAGAGAGCGAAGCAGGGAUCCAUGCAAGGGGCGCUCGAGUUCAAGACAGAGAUCGAGUUGCUCUCGAGGGUCCAUCACAUGAACCUGGUGCGGCUCGUCGGCUUCUGCUUCGAGAAAGGGGAGCAGAUGCUGAUCUACGAGUACAUCCCCUAUGGGACUCUCGCCGAGAGCUUGUCUGGUUUGUUCCUCUACCCAUCGGUGGCCACAAGGGUUCGCCGGAAGCAAUCGCCCUAUUCGUCUCUAAUUCUGGCGUGCUGGUCGUCUUCUCCGCACAGGGAAAGUUGGUAUCCAGCUUAGCUGGUUGCACCGGCUGAGGAUCGCUCUAGGGUCAGCCAGAGGACUGGCCUACCUUCACGAGCUCGCCGACCCACCGAUCAUCCACAGAGACGUCAAGACUGCCAACAUUCUCCUUGAUGAACGCCUGACGGCGAAGGUUGCCGACUUUGGACUGUCAAAACUAGUAUCGGACGCUGAACAUGAUAAUGUUUCCACCGCCGUCAAGGGAACUCUGGUAAGAUCUCCCCCUAUCGGUUGUUUCUUCGCCCAUGAUUCGAGAGGUUUCUAGUUUCUGGUGAAUCUCUCAAUCUCGGGACCAUCCUUACUGAAAGCUCCUCCUUGUGCAGGGCUACCUCGAUCCGGAGUACUUCGCGACCCAUCAGCUGACGGACAAGAGCGACGUUUACAGCUUUGGGGUAGUCAUGCUCGAGCUGAUCACCGGCAAGAAGCCGAUAGAGAAGAACAGAUACAUUGUCCGCGAGGUGAGGGUGGCGUUGGAGUCGCGUGACGGCCUGAAGGGGGUGAUCGAUCCGGUCAUCCGAGACACGCCGAAUCUCGUGGGCUUGGCGAAGUUCGUGGACCUAGCCAUGCAGUGCGUCGAGCACUUCUCUGCCGAUCGUCCGACGAUGAGGGAGGUCGUGAAGGAGAUCGAAUCCAUUUUGGACAACGACGGCAUCGACUCCCGCUCGACUUCCAUGGUUUCGUCCUUCGCAGACUUCGGCGCUGCAGCGGACGCCGCCCGGCGCCGUCACAGCGAGUCGCUGUCCAGCCUGGAGCUCAGCAGCAACGCCUUCGACAGCAGCGCCGCCGUGUACAUCUUACCGCCCAUCGUUGAGCCCAAGUAGUGGAACUUGGUUUUUCUUUCUUCCAGCUGUCUCUGAUCCACUCCUGGUCUGUGUGAUACCCCAGCAUUCAUACUUUCAAAUAGCAAAUAAAAGCCCGUCUUCGAUUGGAGGUCGGGGUCAACGUUUUGAAAACUUGGAGAAGCUGUAAUCCCGCGAUAUGCGAGACGUGUCUCCGCCUCGGCGCUAGCCGGCGACAGGCCGCCGUUGCCGACACGGUAUGAAUACAGCCAUCAGGCGUGCGCCCCGCAGAUAUCACUGCUUGUCCUUGUCACUGUUCUUCUUUCCACCCCGAUUCCUCAAUCUUCCAGUCUAUAAUUUCUCUAGAGAGAGGAGUCCGAUUCUUCCCAUUCUUGUUCACUUCCCCGUUGAACGGCCAGCAUGAUCUAUCAGCUAACGUACGGAGGAGAGAUUAAGCUGUCUUACGAUAACCUCGCUCAUGAGGUCUCGCUGUUGAGAGGUUUUUGUCCCAUUUAUAGCGUCCCCAUCGUCAUUUCUCCCCAAGAAUUGGAGGUGUACCCGGUCACCCUCUCCUAUCCCUCGCUGUGGAAGGGAGGGUGUACGUCACAUCCGUCUCCAGUCCCUCGACAUAGAAAGUUGACUAAAACUAUUGAUGAAUCUGAAGGAUGACCCGCUCCUGAGAGACUGCUGGGGUGGGUGGCGGGUUGAAUGUGCGAGGGAAAGGGAAAGCGAAUGAUUAUCCGCGAGGUCCACAACGUCCAUUCUUAUCCAGCGAGAGAGAGAGAGAGAGAGAGAGAUAAAUAUGUUUGCCUGGCUGUUAAAGCAAAAAGCCUUCGUCCCCCUACUGUCGGUGAGAAUCGUCGCUGGAGGUUUCUCCAUCUCACGGAUGACGCCUCUUCUCCCUCCUGCAUUAGCGGGUCGUCUGAAAAGACCAGCCACCUUAAAUAACACCUCUCAUAAAUUCCAUCAUCAACUCGAAUUGACCGAAAUUAUGGAGUUUCGAAGGACAGCUAUCAUAAGUCGCCGACAACGGGGUCGUCUACCGACCUCGUGGGCAUUAUUCGACGAAAAAAAUAUCAGCUCGUCGACGGCGCACUCGGUAGACAGGCGACCCGUGCCCGGCAGGUCUACUGUUUUCUCUUCGGUCAACGAUGACUUCUGAGGUCAAUCAUAUGGACUUCAACAGGUGCAAAGGAGUACUGGUUUGGAGGGGAAGAUUAAGACAAUUGCCGCUCGCUUGAUCCAAGGUUAGCGAGGAAUCGACCGCCUCCGAGGAUCGUCGGGAGGGUGAGAAGAGGGGGCCGCCCCACGAAACCUUAUCUGGAAGGAGAAGCCCCAGUGGCUUCGGUUCGAUGCCGACGUGAGCCAGUGAUCCCUGGUUUAGAGUAGGCGAUACUCGAGAUUCUCUGUAGAAGCUGCUUCCGGGCCGGCAAAUCAGAGGGGCCUCUUCUCUCAGUCUACGAGAUCGCUCAGGGCAACGGCGGGGUGCCGGAGCUGAUAGCUGUGAAGGGUUCGGCUUGGAAGGCUGGGAGGUUCCCUCUUUCGAGACGGCAAGCGCUGUUUCAGGCCCGGCAUGGCCGCCUCCUUCCGUCUGAGAGCCGCCAUGCUUCCGGUGGCGCCGCCGCUUCUGCUCUUGCUUCUGAUAUAUGUCGGGAGAAUUCGAUCAGUUUCUUCCUCCAGACCCCUUAGAUAGUAAGCAUUCCCUAUUUUCUGCACACCUCUCUCAAUUCUAUGACACACAAAGCACUCGAAUUUCCAUAAUAUAUGCGGCGAUUAUCGGUCGAACCGAUCAUCAUCCAUGUUAAAACUAGAUUGCGAAACGCGCAUGCUUAAUUACAUACGCCUGCAAUUAAUCGGUCGGCCAUCUUCGAUGACUUCUGGGAAAAUCGUUGCAGCUGCUGCACUGAGAUCUCUGAUGGAGGACUGGGAGAACACGCCGCCGAGCUGGGGAAGGUCGGACGAUCCCUGCGGCACCCCCUGGGAAGGAGUUGCCUGCAACAAUUCAAGGGUCACUCAAUUGUCAGACCCUCCACCCUCCACCCUCCUCUUUAUACUGGGCCCCUUCCAUCUCCGACGUCUUAGAAGCAAUCCCCUUAACGUCUGGAUCCCUUUCAGGGGCCUGUCGUCCAUGGGGCUCAAGGGGACGCUGAGCGGAGACAUCGGGCAGCUCACAGAGCUUCUGUCCCUGUAAGCUCCUCCCAUCGCACAUCGCCAUCUCUGCUUCUUACUUUCUAAUGGGAUCUAAGCAAUCAAAAGGAAAUUGCAGUGACCUUUCAUACAACAAUGAUCUAGGUGGACCGAUCACCAAAUCCAUCGGGAAUUUGAAGAGGAUCACGACUCUGUAAGACUCAUCAUCCCCAGAUAUCAUUACUGCUCUCCAUCCUUCUUCCUCCCCGUCGGCCUUUCGGUCUGAUGAAUUUGGCGUCAAUGGGUGUGUGGGGGUCUUAGGAUCAUGGUCGCCUGCAGCUUCUCGGGGAGCAUCCCGUCGGAAAUCGGCGAUCUCGAGGACCUCUCGUACUUGUGAGCGUAACCAGCUCGAGCUAAUGAACUUGUUGACGAAGACAAGAAGAGUAACCGUAACGAAACUUGAUUUCCUGAAUCCAUCUCACUUUUCUUCGCAGAGCUCUGAACUCCAACAAUCUCACCGGCAUCAUACCCCCGAGCUUUGGGAAGCUCUCUAAACUUUAUUGGUUCGACAUCGCCGACAACCAGCUCACCGGGCCGAUUCCCGUCUCCUCAGGUAGCACCCCCGGCUUGGAUCAGCUCCUCCACGCGAAGCACUUGUGAGUAUUUCUAUCUAAGAAAAAACAAUCAGGAGAAAUCCAAGGCGAUUGUCCGCGUGCCAACCAUAAUUUGUCUUCUCGCCAGCCAUUUCAACAAGAACCAGCUGUCGGGAACCAUCCCGGAGAGUCUCUUCAGCUCCAACAUGACCUUGAUCCACAUGUAAGACGUUUGCCAACCUUCGCACCAGGAAUUUCCGGCCAUGGAGGCUCUACUUCUGCUGACUGCUGGUUUGCCCACGUCUUAUAGACUCUUCGACGGGAAUAGACUGACGGGGGGCAUUCCGGAGUCGCUGGGCCUCGUGACGAAGCUGGAGGUUCUGUGAGUACCCAUCCUCCGCCGAAGCUCAGUUUUCUCGUUUGUGAUGAACAACCUCCUCGCCACUUCUUAGUGUUGGACUGAUGAUGGAUCGAUCUCCCCAUCUCUGCAACAGUCGGCUCGAUAGGAAUGGUCUGACUGGCCCAGUCCCUCCCGGCAUCGGCAACCUGACGGCCCUCAGAGAGCUGUAAGAGUAUUCCCGGGAGCAGGGUCGCCUCCUUAAUUCUCUAUCUCGCGUUUCCUUCUCAUUCGCUGCCUCACUCACGUCUGGUUCAGGAACCUGGCGAAUAACCGGCUAACGGGAGAGAUGCCGGAUUUCAGUAGGCUUAGCGUUGUGAACCAUGUGUAAGCAGCUUCCCAUUACUGAGCCGGCCGUCGGCGCCGCCGCGUCCUUCGCCGUCGCCUGGUAGUUCUCUAACGUGUCGUCCUCACUGACCGACAGAGACUUGAGCAACAACUCCUUCAGGACGUCCGAGGCUCCAGCUUGGCUCGGGAAGCUUCAAUCUCUCACCGCUCUGUGAGUCUCCGGAUAACCCACCCGACUGCUAAUCUCCUGAGGAAUGGGGAGUCAUCUCUGAUCGUCGUCAUCUCCCUUCUUCGUCCAGGGCGAUUCAGUCAGGGAAUCUCACCGGCGCGGUUCCAUCGGCGCUGUUCGGCUUCCCGCAGCUGCAGGAAGUGUAAGCUCUCUGUGACAGACUUGCACCACCAUCAUCUGGAAACUCUCAACCUGUUCUUGGAAAGCGCCUCACCGUUGACUCUGGCUCGUGGAAACCAGGAUCCUGAGAAACAACAGCUUCGAUGGCUCCCUCAAUCUGGGGCCAAACAUAAGCCCCCAUCUGCAGGUGCUGGAUUUUCAGAACAACAACAUCAGCGGCAUCUCGUUCGAAUCGUCGAACGUGAUCACGCUGAAGUGAGUGAACACUGGGCUUCUGCUCUUCCCAUAAAAAGCCAAGUUUGCCCUGGAGAGAGACCCGCUUCCAUUCCUGGAUGUAACUCUACGGUGGGUGCAGGCUCAUGGGAAAUCCUAUCUGCAACGCCCAGAACUCGGGUACCAAUUACUGCCAAAAGAGUCUCGAGCAGACGCCCUACACCACCAGUCUCUCCCACUGCGGCUCCUCGACGUGCCCCGAGGAUCAGAGUCUCAGUCCCCAUAACUGCCAAUGCGUUUUCCCCUACGUGGGGACGCUGAUUUUCAGCGGGCCCUUCUUCAGGGAUUUGACCAACAGGACGAGGUUCCAGGUUCUCGAGACGAGCCUCUGA